ACAAUAAUUGAAACACUUGUAUAAGCAAGAAACAAAAAUGAUAUAAAGAAUUAAAUAAAUACAAGACUUUUGAUGGUCGUCUUUAAAUACAACAGCAAAUAAUCAUUUUCAAAUUAUUUCCGAUUACGAUUGAAUUUCACAAUAUUUAAUUUUAAAAAAUCUCGAUAUAAAAACAAAAUAUUUCAACAUUUAAUAUGAAAUUUUAUUUACUUGCCUGUCUACUGAUAGAUAUUAGUAUUUCGACAAUUAUAGCUCAUGAUGAACGAACUAUUCAUCCAAGAUUUGACGCUGAUAUUAAUACAAUUUUAUUCAAAUCCGAAAAACAAAUUCCUCAAAGGAAUGUAAUUAACACUGUUGUGGAUGAGAAGGAAAUUGAUAAAUUAAUUUACAAUAUAUUUCAUGACAUACCAAAAGAUGCAGUAGACGCACCUACUCAAAAGAAGGAAUACGAAAAAAUAAAAUACAAUGUUCUGCAAAAUUCAAAUGAUGUAAAAAAUUCAUAUAGCUUCGAUACUACUUUUGCUGAUGCCUUGGAAACAUUCACUGACAACUUAUACAAGACAGCAAAAAAGGGUAAAUCGGAAAAUGUUUUGUUAUCCCCCUUGAGUGUGAACUUAGCCUUAGGUAUGAUUGCAUCAGGAGCAAAGGGGAAUACCAAAAGAGAAAUACUUGAAACUCUCUAUUUACAAGAAAUUGAUGAACAAACCAAAUCUAAUUAUGAAAAUCUUUUUCUAAAUUUGAUGAAUGUUACUGGCUCAAAAAUAAAAAUUUUUAACAAAAUGUUUGUCAGUACUCUCCUAAAUGUUAAGCAAACAUACAAAGAUGUGUUAGUACAGAAUUUUCACUCAGAGGAGGAAGAAAUAAAUUUUGCUAAUGCAGAACAAGCGGCAACUAAUAUCAACAAAUGGGUGUCAAAAGCAACAAAUGACAAAAUCAGAGAUAUUGUCAGUUCUGACGAUUUGAGUACAGAUACAGCCAUGAUUGUCACCAAUGUCGUUUACUUUAAAGGCGAAUGGAAGUACAAAUUCUCUGAUAUUACGAAUCUUGCUUUCUUCACUGAGGACCGAAGGACAAUUUCUGUACCCACAAUGUAUCAGAAUGUUAAAGCAGAAUUUGGAUAUGUUCCUGAAAUAAAUGCCACAUUUAUCGAAUUGCCAUACAAGGGCGAUGAACUUAAAAUGAUAAUUGUACUUCCAAAUUUAAUUGACGGUCUCGAACAAGUUGAGAAAAAUUUAGAAACAAUGAAACUCAAAAACCUGAGAAUGAAACGAUCUUUAAAAGCAGUUGAUUUGUAUUUACCCAAAUUUCGGGUAGAAAAUACCAUCAAAUUAAAUGAUGUUCUAAAAGAGAUGGGUAUUAAAGAAAUAUUCAAUCAACAAGCAAACCUCAGUGGAAUUUCAGAAGGAAAUAUUCAAGUGAAUAAAAUAAAGCAGAAAACAUUUAUUGAAGUCAACGAAAAUGGUGCCGAAGCUGCAGCAGCUACUGACACUGAAAUCCAUUGGAAAAUGGGCGGUGAAGAUGGUCCAAUUUUGUUUGCUGCUAAUCAUCCAUUCCAUUAUAAAAUUAUCAAAACAGUUGGUGAAAGUGAUGGAAUAGUAUUGUUUGCUGGUAACUACAAAAAUGGAGAAUCAUUCCAUGCGCAGUCUCUAGGAUCUCUAGAAAGGAACCAUCAUGUUUUAGUACAAUAUCUUAAAAAUUAUUGUCAGAAAACAAAUUUGGACAGAUGGUUACCUUAUGCAAUGUUUUCCUAUAAUAUUGCACAAUACGAAGCGACAGGUUUCACACCUCACGAACUCAUUUUCGAAUUGAUGGUUUGGUGGAAUGUAAGAGUUGUCAAGUUGGCUAGCUUGGGGGGCAAGAUAGGCAUUGCUGACUUGUCUGGAUUCUUGUGGCGCAAGGUAAGCGUUGCUGACUUGUCUGGAUUCCUGUGGUUGUUGAUGGUGAGCAUGGGGAGUAAGAUAAGCAUUGCUGACUUGUUUGGAUUCCUGUGGUUGUUGAUGGUGAGCAUGGGGAGUAAGAUAAGCGUUGCUGACUUGUCUGGAUUCCUGUGGUUGUUGAUGGGGAGUAAGAUAAGCGUUGCUGACUUGUCUGGAUUCCUGUGGUUGUUGAUGGUGAGCAUGGGGAGUAAGAUAAGCGUUGCUGACUUGUUUGGAUUCCUGUGGUUGUUGAUGGUGAGCAUGGGGAGUAAGAUAAGCGUUGCUGACUUGUCUGGAUUCCUGUGGUUGUUGAUGGGGAGUAAGAUAAGCGUUGCUGACUUGUCUGGAUUCCUGUGGUUGUUGAUGGUGAGCAUGGGGAGUAAGAUAAGCGUUGCUGACUUGUCUGGAUUCCUGUGGUUGUUGAUGGUGAGCAUGGGGAGUAAGAUAAGCAUUGCUGACUUGUUUGGAUUCCUGUGGUUGUUGAUGGUGAGCAUGGGGAGUAAGAUAAGCGUUGCUGACUUGUCUGGAUUCCUGUGGUUGUUGAUGGGGAGUAAGAUAAGCGUUGCUGACUUGUCUGGAUUCAUGUGGUUGUUGAUGGUGAGCAUGGGGAGUAAGAUAAGCGUUGCUGACUUGUCUGGAUUCCUGUGGUUGUUGAUGGUGAGCAUGGGGAGUAAGAUAAGCAUUGCUGACUUGUUUGGAUUCCUGUGGUUGUUGAUGGUGAGCAUGGGGAGUAAGAUAAGCGUUGCUGACUUGUCUGGAUUCCUGUGGUUGUUGAUGGGGAGUAAGAUAAGCGUUGCUGACUUGUCUGGAUUCCUGUGGUUGUUGAUGGGGAGUAAGAUAAGCGUUGCUGACUUGUCUGGAUUCCUGUGGUUGUUGAUGGUGAGCAUGGGGAGUAAGAUAAGCGUUGCUGACUUGUCUGGAUUCCUGUGGUUGUUGAUGGUGAGCAUGGGGAGUAAGAUAAGCAUUGCUGACUUGUUUGGAUUCCUGUGGUUGUUGAUGGUGCUGCGUAAAGUUGGCUUGUUUGAGCUUCCGGCUUGGGGUAAUCGUAACCAGCAGAUGGUACAUUCUCUGAGGCAGCUGGCUGCUGAUAAUUGUAGUAAUCAGCAUCACGAUGUCCAGGAAGACGACCAGCAGCAGCUACAGCCAAAAUGGCUCCAAAUACCACCAUCUGCAAAAGAAAUGUUGGUGCGAGUGAUGGGAAUUAGGGCAACAACCGAUUCCAAUGCAAUUGUACUUGAAUAUUCGUAUAGUGCACCGUCUGCAGCUGGUCGAAAACGAAUGUCCGAUGUGACAAUUAUACUAAUCUCGUUGUUUGAAAGUUUAUCCAACAGUCCGGUUGCAUUACUUCCCCCAACCACGCCAAGUGUUGAGUAUUUACUGAUUUGUCUACUGGUGGAAAUUAGCAUUUCUAUCGUUAUAGCUAGUGAUGUUUAUUUAAAGGAAGCACGCGAUGCACUUAAUGCAAACACUUACUUUACUGAUGCUUUGGAAGCAUUCUCUAACAACUUUUACAAGACAGCAACAAAUGGGAAAACAAAAAACAUUUUUCUAUCUCCCCUGAGUGCAAAUUUAGCCCUAGCUAUGCUUGCAUCCGGAGCUAAAGGAAAUACAAAAAGAGAAAUACUUCAAACACUCCGUUUACCGGAAAAUAGAGAAGACAUCAAAUUAAAUUAUGGAAGACUUUACUAUUAUUUGAUGCAUGAUGCUAAUUCGAAAAUUGCAAUUAAUAACAAAGUGUUCGUCAAUAAUGGCCUGAGAGUUAAGAAGGCAUUCAUUGGUGAUGUCAUGCGCUUCUAUUACGGAGAGGCAGCAAGAUUAAAUUUUGAUGAAACAGAACAAGCAUCAACUGAAAUCAACACUUGGGCGUCAAAUGCAACAAAUGGCAAAAUCAAGGAUAUUGUCCGUUCUGACGAUUUGAGUUCAGAUACGGAUUUGGUUAUCGCCAAUGUCAUUUACUUUAAAGACGAUUGGAUGUACAAAUUCUCCGACGUUUUAAAUAUGGAUUUCUAUUCUGAUUCGGAUAAAAAAUUACAUAAAGUAGAUAUGAUGUAUCAAAAUGUGAUGGUAGAUUAUGGAUAUGUUCCUGAAAUAAAUGCAAAAUUCGUUGAAUUGCCAUACAAGAAUAAUGGCCUUAAAAUGAUUAUUGUACUUCCUGUCGGUGAUAACACUCUCGAACAAGUUGAAAGAAAAUUAGCAACAAUGAGACUCAAAAAUCUGAGAAUGAAACGAUCUGAAGAAGAAGUUGAAGUAUAUUUACCUAAAUUCAAAAUUGAAAGUACCAUUGAUUUGAAUAGUAUUUUAGAAGAGAUGGGUAUGAAAGAAGCAUUUACUUCUCAAGCGAAUUUAACCGGAAUUGCAGAAGGAAAACUGAAUGUAGAUAAAGUUAAGCAAAAAACUGUCAUUGAAGUCAACGAAGAUGGUGCUGAAGCUGCAGCAGCUACUGAUAUUUCAAUAGUUUAUAAAUUUGGUUCUUCAGUAGAGAUGUUUACUGCUAAUCGUCCGUUUCAUUUUAAAAUUAUCAAAACAUUCGGCGAAAAUGACGGCAUUGUAUUGUUUUCUGGAAACUGCAAAUUUCCCCCACGUGGCACAGUGGGGUCAAAAUUAUUUUGAUUCACAAUUCAUAAAAAGUAACCAGUAACUACCACAGCCGAUAAUCAGCAGAAGAUGAAAAAUUAUUUUUUAAGCGAAAUUUACGAAGCUUUUUAAAGUUGAAGUAAUUAAAUUUCGAUUGUUUUUCAAUGUUUGACGUGAAA